CAUCAAAUUCAGGUAUAUGCUAGAUGUCCAGAAUAUUGAAUUUAAUGUGUCCCAUUUGUCAGGGUUCUUAACAUUGAGGAUUUUAGCGUCAAUCGCCCAACAUAUUUUGUCUACUGGAUAGUAAAGGUGAUCGAUAACGUUUGUCAGGACUCCAAUUGUGGACAUAAUUUUGUCUGGUUCCUUCUCCCCAAAUCCAUAUUCUAAAGAAUAUUUAAUCAUAGGAAGAUCAUCAAGCAGCCGAAGAUUUGCUCUUGUUUGACUCAUUUUCGUUGAGAAAGUUGCAAAUUUUUUCGCAAGGUCAUCAUUGCCACGAUCAUUUUGAACAGCUGACAUUAAUUUUGCCGUGUAGCAUAAUGUUCUCACAAUCUAUUAAAGAAGGAAGGAUUGAUUAGCAUUCAACCGACCUUAGAUACUGUUAGCCAUUUACAUAAUAAACUUGAUUUUUGAGUUUUGAUUCUAUUGACUAAUUUGAACCAGUUUCCUCGUGCUUUUUAGCUGGUUGUGUAUAAGUAUAUGAUAUAACUUUUAUUAAAUUUAUAUUCUGAUAUUUAUAUAUCAAAAGGUUCUGAUUUAAUCAACUCCAUCAAUUCUAAGAUCUUAGGUUCGAAACCUAUAAUAAAUGAUUUUUAUUUCGUUUUGUUCAACAUAUGAGAUUUUGAAUAAGACAUCAAAGAAGAGUGCGAAUGGAUCGUUACUUCCGGACGUAGUUUUUCAAAGAUUAAAGCGGUACGCAUGGACAGCCUUCUCAACUGGCACCAACUUCACGCUUGUUUUUAUCCUCUUCAUACAAACAGAAACUGUAUGCCUUGAUUGUGUCGGAAUAGCACUGCUGUAUAGGGUGUAUAAUGUGUAUGCAGCAUGCUAUGUUAAAGUCAUCAUGGGGUCUAUGCUGGAAUGUAAAAUUGAAGGAUUUAUAUGUCGUCUAUGUAGUCAAAUUGACAGAAAUGUAAUUCACAUAUACACAGAUGAAGGUAUACAGAAGAAGCUAGAACAGAAAAUAAAUGUAUAUUUAAAGAUUAAUUUGAGCCGUUAUGAUCCCCUGCCAAAAGUUAUAUGUCUACCCUGUGAUGCCAAACUCGAGCAGCAUCAUCGAUUCAUACAAAGAGUAAUACAGAAUCAGAAGAAAAUUCAAGGAAAUCGACCAAUCAUACCUCUAUUAGAGCAGCAUUUAAGAGUUCGGGUACGGGAAGAUGAGAGCAAUAGCAACACAUAUAAUAUUGAAGCCCUCUCAUCAUCCGAUUCGAGUAUGACAACGAGUAGUGAUAGCUCCACUAGUGACGAUUCUAGUGAUGAAGACAAUACAAACUCACUCAGUGAAUCACAUGAACAGUCUGAAAAUACCCACAGUAUCCCAACGACCUCCUCAUCUACCAUUCGAAUAGCGAAUGAUGAUGAGGAGCCGGGAUUGGCUGGAUUUAAUUCAGAACUUGAACCUGUUAAUCUCGAAAACACAACCGAGAACAAUGAUGAGUAUCGGAACUAUGAUAUAUAAUCGUGAUAAUAAUAAAUCGUUUGAGAUUUUUAAGUACUAAAAAAAUAAUCAAUUGUAUAUAAAUA